UCAUAAUUCAAGUAGUCUUGCAAAGUAAUUCCAACUUCCUAAAAACAAUCUCUGCACUUCCCUUUCAAUCCAAUUCUCACCAUUCCACGAACACCAAUUGCCUCUCUUUGCAUGCAGAAGCCCAUACCACAGUGCCAAACAACUCUCAAACCCUAGCUCAGCUUUCCUUCAGUCCCUCACUCCCUCUUCCAUCAUUUGAAUAAAGUCAACGUUCAAUACUUUCUCAUUUAACCGCUCCCAAAGUCGCCCCAUCCACCGCACCGAUUCGUCAGCACAUCCAUGAUAACAUGAGACAUUUGAGAACGUGGAAACGACAAGUCAGUCACCUAAUCAAAGGUCCCAAGUCUAGUCCUCCUCUUCCCCCUCCGCCGCCUCCUCCUCCCCCUGAACCCUCACCUCCUCCCUCUGAACCCACCAUGCCACCUCCUUCACAGAAACCACCGUUUCCUUUCCUCUUCCCAGAGACCCAAUCAGCAGUUCUUCCUGAUCCAUCUCGUUUCUUCUCUCCACACCUCCUCUCAUCGCCUCUGCCCACAAAUUCAUUUUUUCAGAACUUCGUUCUCAAAAAUGGCGAUCAGCCGGAGUACAUACACCCUUAUCUCAUCAAAUCAUCUUCCUCUGCCCUCUCCCUCUGCUACCCAUCUCGCUUCGCCAAUUCGGCAUUCAUCUACCAAACUUUCAAUCAAGAUCUCAUAAUCUCAGCAACCCAGAACACCAAUACCCAUGAAAACCACAUCAUCUCCUCUUUCAGCGAUCUUAGUGUGACCUUAGAUGUCCCCAACCUGCGAUUCUACCUCGUCCGGGGAAGCCCAUUUGUAACCUGCGCCGUCAACAGCCCGACUCCACUUUUUAUCUCAACGAUCCAUGCUGUUCUCUCUUUCACACCCAACAGUUCCCAUACAAAGCACAUCAUUUGUCUCAACAACAAUCAAACAUGGGUCUGCUACAGUUCGUCUCCAAUCAAACUGAAUCACAGCAGCAUCUCCCUCAUCACUUCGGAUCGAUUCUCUGGAAUAAUUAGGUUUGCGGUGCUGCCGGAUUCUGAUCCAAGAUACGAAAGGAUCCUUGAUCGGUUCAGUGCUUGUUAUCCGACGUCAGGAGAUGCAGUGUUCACGCAGCCGUUCCAUUUGGAGUACAAAUGGGAGAAGAAGGGAUGGGGAGACCUGCUUAUGCUUGCCCAUCCUCUCCAUUUAAAGCUCUUGUCGGUUGAUGAUGGAGGUGUUACUGUUUUGGAGGAAUUGAAAUACAGAAGCGCAGAUGGUGAGCUUGUUGGUGUUGUGGGGGACUCGUGGGUCUUGAAACCUCACCCUGUUUCAGUCACUUGGCAUUCAGUUAAUGGGAUCGAUGAAGGAUGCUUUCCAGAAAUUGUUUCUGCCCUCUGCAGAGAUGUUGACCGUCUUAAUUCGUCUCCAGUAACGACUAAUUCGUCUUAUUUCUAUGGGAAGGCGAUUGCUAGAGCAGCCAGAUUGGCAUUGAUUGCAGAGGAGGUAUCCUUUUCUGAGGUGAUCCCAGCUAUUCGGAAGUUCUUGAAGGACUCGACUGAGCCAUGGUUAGAUGGGAAUUUCAAUGGUAAUGGGUUCUUGUACGAUCCCAAAUGGGGAGGAAUUGUAACCAAACAAGGAUCUUUGGAUUCUGGAGCAGAUUUUGGGUUUGGGGUCUUCAAUGAUCACCAUUACCAUCUGGGUUAUUUUCUCUAUGCAAUUGCAGUGCUUGCUAAGAUUGACCCUGCUUGGGGGCGGAAGUACAGGCCUCAUGCAUAUUCACUUAUGGCUGAUUUUAUGACCCUGGGAAAGCUGUCUAAUUCACGAUUUACGCGUUUGCGUUGUUUUGAUCUCUGGAAAUUGCAUUCUUGGGCUGGAGGACUCACUGAAUUUGCUGAUGGAAGGAAUCAGGAGAGCACAAGCGAGGCAGUGAAUGCUUACUAUUCAGCAGCUCUGAUGGGAUUGAGCUAUGGAGACACACAUCUUGUGGCCAUUGGGUCAACGCUUGCAGCUAUGGAAAUUCAAUCUGCACAGACUUGGUGGCAUGUAAGGGAAGGAGAGAAUAUGUAUGAAGACGAAUUCAGUAGAGAGAACAGGGUGGUAGGUGUGUUGUGGUCUAACAAGAGGGACAGUGCACUCUGGUUUGCUCCACCUGAAUGGAGGGAAUGUAGGCUGGGAAUUCAGGUGCUACCAUUGUUGCCUAUAACUGAGGUUUUGUUCUCUGAUGUUGGGUUUGUAAGAGAGCUAGUAAGAUGGACCUUGCCAGCUUUGGGGAGGGAGGGGGUUACAGAAGGAUGGAGGGGAUUUGUGUAUGCAUUGGAAGGGAUGUAUGACAGGUAUGGAGCUCUAGAGAAGAUGAGAAGCUUGAAUGAGUUUGAUGAUGGAAACUCACUGUCCAAUUUGCUGUGGUGGGUACACAGCAGAGGUGAUUGGGAAGAGGAGGAAAGCGUGAAAGGAGGGGGAAAGUACUGCUGGUUUGGACACUACUGUCACUGAAGCAACCUCUUUGCUGCCUUUGUUUUCUGUACAUUUGAAUAAGUGUUUGAAUUAAUCCUAAGGCAUACUUUGGGUUCUGCAAUCAAGGAGAAUAUGUUUUACA